GGAUCCGGGGGUGGGAAAAAGAGGGGACGUGUAAGGAGUUUCCAAAUGACAUGCCCGCAACAGGAGGAUGUCCUGCAUUCGCAUUGACAAUUCCUUGCAGGAUGUUUUUGUCCGUCAGUUAUCGCGCAACCACCACCAGCAGCGAUCCAGCAAGUACCACCAACGCUUCAGAUCUGGACCUCACAAGCGACCCGGCGCUUCCACCGAUCACACCGAACGCCGGAGUCCUCCGCAUCGCUUCGCCGAUCAUCCGACAAGCGAUGGAGUUCCUCAACAACAUGACCAGCUUGAAGAAGCUUUCGGAUACCGAUACUGAAGACUCUUACACUCCUUACGCCUACAGGCCGGAAACCUACAUAGUACCCGUAGUGUUUUUCAUUAUUUUCGUGGUUGGGGUUUUGGGAAAUGGGACUUUGGUCAUCAUUUUCGUCAAGCAUCGCGCUAUGAGAAACGUUCCCAACACCUACAUCCUUUCGCUUGCUUUAGCUGAUUUGCUCGUCAUCACGACCUGCGUCCCCUUCACCUCUAUUAUUUACACCCUUGCUUCCUGGCCUUGGGGAGUCGCGGUGUGCAAGAUAUCGGAAACCGGGAAAGACGUCUCCGUCGGGGUCUCCGUGUUCACCUUAACGGCACUUUCCGCUGAAAGAUACUGCGUUAUUGUGAAUCCCUUGCGUCGGCUUCAGACUCGCCCUUUUUCCGUUGGCACCGCUAUUUCCAUCUGGGUAUUGGCGAUCCUCCUCGCUCUACCCGACGCGAUCUUCGCCACCGUCAUCGACGUCCCGGUCAAUAAUUCUUCUAUAAAGGUCUGUACCCCUUUUCCCGACACUCCUUAUAGAGACACCUACGCCAAGUACAGCGUCGCCGCUAAAGCCAUCAUCUACUACAUCCUACCGCUCAUUAUCAUAUCCAUCUUCUACAUCCUCAUGGCCAAGAAGUUGAAUGCUAGCACCAAGCAGAUGCCCGGCGAGAUCCAAGGUCAGAGCGCUGCUCAGGCUAAGGCCCGCAGGAACGUCGCCCGCAUGGUUUUGGCUUUCGUCUUCAUGUUCUUCGUCUGCUUCUUUCCCUACCACUUGUUCAUGAUCUGGUUCCAUUUCAACCCUUACUCUCACCAAAAUUACAACGACUUCUGGCACGUUCUCAAAAUCAUCGGUUUCUGCUUAAGCUUCUUGAACUCCUGCGUCAACCCUAUUGCUCUCUAUUUCGUCAGCCGCGUUUUCCGUCAACAUUUUAAUAGGUACCUCUUCUGCCGUCGCCCUAAACGUCGCCCGAUUAGAACCACUCCUUCCCGUAAUGUCUGCGAAACCAGCUUCACCUCCACCUACAGACGUCCAACCCAGGCUAUAUCCUUCGACAGUCCCCGUACCCUAUACCGCAAACCAGCAACACGCGCCGCUCAGCAGGAAACCGCUAUGGUAUCAUUCGAUCUACCUACCUAUCGUGAUUUCAGCAGGAAUACUACCACAGUCGUUUUGCAUACCGAGCAAACUUAAAUUCUCGAUAACCCGGAAACAACAUAAAGCAGUUCUCUUGGGUUGAUUUGUUAUAUAUUUUCUCCCGGAUAUCAGGUGUAAAAUUUUCGGUUAAGUUUCCUCAAUUUAUACCUAGGUUAAUAAAUAUCCCAUUUUCAAUGAUCAGUUCAAUGUCAAUUAGAUUGCGUUCCAGUAAUUUUGGUUACGCAUUUGCCUUAUUUUCGACAAUGGAAAUGAUUAAGGAAUACCGAAUACUAAAACUACGACGAAAACAUAUUAUGGUAAAACACCACCUAAACCGAAUAUGUUCUAAAACAUAUAUUAUAUACAUAUAACAAACUCCACUGAUAUUACUAAAUAUAUUUUUGUUAUUGUUAUAUUUAUAUACAUAUAUGCAUAUCAUAUAUUUAUUGAUGUUACUUUUAAGGUAUAUAUUUACAUAUAAUAACAGCGUUAUAUUUGAUGUUUAAAUAUAUUCUAAUAUAUUUUAGAACGGCGAUUGCGGACUAAACUCAUGUGGCUAAGGC